GAGUAUCAUGGGAUCAGUGUCAGUGCCCAUAAGUGUAGGGAAGGCUAGCCCAGGGUGUGGAAGAGCAGUCAAAGAUCAGGAACCAUCCUGCCACCAUCAUGUGGCACAAGAGUGUGGAACCUGGUCCUCUUGGGGCUGCCCUGUCCCAGUAAUCUGCUCCUGGGGAUGCAGAGAACUACAGGGGUGCUGGAUGCUGCAUCCACCACAGGUUUUUUCAGGGUGUAGAUGACCUCAGGGAUGGUGCUGCCCAUCUUCUAGAUGCCAGGAAGCUUCAGUCAUCAAAUGGUUCUUAAUCCCAGGUCUCCCACUCCAUGCUCCCCAUGCCCUCUGUAUGGGAAAGACAGCAUCCCUACCUCUCCCCUGCUGCUACUGGUGUCCACACAUCCACUGUUCUGUGGGGCUGGCAGACCCAGAGCCUGGUAGGACUUGCCCACUGAGGGCACAGGGGCUGGCAGGGACAGGAUGUCAGCCUAGGAUGAGGGGUUUUUCCUUCCAGGCAGUAUCCCAGGAACAGGAACAGUGCAGUGGGGCUGAGCAGAGCUUCCCUAUGCCCUGCUGUGUCCAGCCUGGCCAAGGAGUAGAGCAGCCCUGCAGCAUCUCCACUGUUCAGACCCCUCUGCUCUCCCCUUCAGCACAAAUCCCAAGCCUAGAUGGAAGCUGCUUCUCCUAAGGGCUCAGAGUCUGUUUCACCCUAAAUCAUCCCCAUGCAGACCUGUCUGUUCCAGAAAGGGAAAGCACAGCCCCUUACCAAUGGCACCCUCUUCCAGUAAGGAGUAAGGAGGCUGAGUGACCAUCUCCACCAAGCUGAUGUGAGACAGCUGGGGAUACAUGUGGAGCAGAUGCUGUGCCUUCAGAGGUGCUGCAUUAGAGCUGUGCCUUUCUCUCACCAACAGCAUCCUUUCUCCUGCCCCAUCACCUCCUUCAAAUCCCCGUGAACCCCAAUGCCUGCUGCAGCCUUGUGUUGCCCACCCAGCUAACAAAUUCAUCAAGUCCUGGGGACUAGAAGAACAAAACCCCCAGGUUUUGCAUUGGGCACACAGGACUGCAUGUAGCCAGCAGUCACCGUGCCCGUGCUGCACCAUAGUGUGGGAAGGAAACUGCCUGUAACACUGACCAGCAGGCAUAGGGUUAAAGCAGGUGCAGGUAGCCUGUAGCUGGAACAUUGCUCUGGGGAAGACCCCGCAGCGGGGGCAGAUGAGACCUUUGCUUAUCCUUGGAUGCAGUCCCACCUCUGUAAUCCUUGAGGUUUUUUCUGAGAAAGGCGGUUCAACCCAGGGGGCCAAAGGAGAUGCAGGGAAAGCUUUCAUUGGUAUCUUCCAGCACACGUCAGCCCGGUUAAAAAAAAUCUUCGUUUCUCGGAGAGCUUUUUAACACGGCUCGGGCAGCAAUUGGUACAGGGACAGCAAACCAGGCUGCAUCUGCUCAGCCCGAGUCACAAGCUCCCUGCUUCCUUUGAGAGAGACAGUGUGUGUGUGUGUGUGUGUGUGUGUGUGUGUGUGUGUGUGCGCUAGACACAGGCAUCCGCUCCCAGCAUCUCGCUGCCUCCUGCAUCCUCCGGCAGCAAGUGCAGGGCUCUGGCUCCCCGGGUACCACCCUCGCCGCUCCAUCCCCUGACAGGGAUUUGCACGCGGGGCACGGCAUGCGGUGAGCGCCCGCGGCUGGAGAGAGGCUCGUGGCCAGAAGCAGCGGCGAUGGACCUCGUGUGGGCUGCUGUCUAGGGCUCGUGUUCCCAGACCGACCCGAUCCUGUCCUCCUACUGCUGGCCCAGCCUCCUCACAUGGCUCCUUGCAGGAUGCAGAAUGCCCAAUGAUCACAGCAGCAGCGUACACACAAGCAUGUGAGUGCAAGAAAGGCAGCUGAGUGAAGAGGAAUUUAAGGAAGAGCCAUGGGGGUGCUGAUGUCCAGGAGGCAGACGGUGGAGAGGGUGCAGAAGGUCAGCUUGGCCGUGUCAGCCUUCAAGGACGGGCUGCGGGAGCAGCCAUCGACACGGCGUCGGGCGGAGGCGGGGACAGCACGCCAGGGAACGCUGGAGCAGGAGGUGCAGGAGGGAGAGGAGGAAGCGGUAGCAGGACCUUCCCAGCCGGAGGAGAGCAGCGCCAGCAAGGCAGCCUGGGAGCGGCUGCGGGAUGGCCGGGGCGUGGAGCCAGAGGAGUUUGACCGAGCCAACAGGUUCACGCCACCCGCCUUCAUCCGGCCCAAGAGGGAGCUCCACGAUGACGAGCCCCCGGACAUCAGCCUGGAGCAGAGGGAGCAGAUCGUGAAUGAUGAGAUGUGUGAGAUCUGCGAGGUGUGGACAGCCGAGAGCCUCUUCCCCUGCCGCAUCUGCCACCGGGUGUAUCACGACGGCUGCCUGCGCCGCAUGGGGUACCUGCAGAAGGACAGCGCCGUGGAGGUGACAGAGACGGCGCACACCGAGACGGGCUGGAGCUGCUACUACUGCGACAACCUCAAUCUGUUGCUGACAGAGGAAGAGAUGUACAGCCUGAUGGAGACUCUGAAGAACUGCAAGAUCAUCCCAGAGAGCUGCCUGACCCUGGAUGACUUCCUGCACUACAAACACCAAGUGCACAAGCAGCAAUUCGAGCGGACCAUGCCCGAGGCAAAGGAGGAGCAGGCAGCCCUGCAGUUCAAUGCCCUGGACCCUGACAAGAAGGGGCACAUCGAGUGGCAGGACUUCCUCUCCCACGAAUCCAUCCAGCUGCUGCAGAAAAUACGACCGCAGAAUGCCCUUCUGCGGCUGCUGACACCCAAGGAGCGAGAGCGGGCACGGGCAGCCUUCCUGGCCCUGGACCAGGACAACGACGGCUUCAUUGGGGAGGGUGAGUGCCGCCAGGCCCGGCACACCUGGUUCCGCAAGCACCAGAAGGAGAUGCUGUCCUGCAAUGUCAGCAUCAGCCACGUGGGACCCAUAUCAGAGGGCAGCCCUGCCAGCAGCAGGAAUGGCAAGAGCCCGGAGAAGAUCCUGCCAGCCACAAAGCAGGAAGAGACCAGGAGCAUCGACUGGCCCGGAUUCCUGCGGGAGAACGUCGCCUACAUCCUGGCUGCACGCCCCAACAGCGCCGCCCUGCACCUGCAGCCCCUCGCCUAGAGCGUGCCCCACUGUCCCCCACGCCCUGCAGGGACCACGGUGGGGAAGGGUCCCGUGCCUGGGGUCACCAUGGGGCACAAGGGGCAGGGAAUAUGCUGCCCCCAUGCUCCCCAUCCCCACAGCACCCAGGGAGCUGCAGACAGAGCAGGGUCUGCCCUGGGUGCUUGUGGGGUGACAGUGGAACCCAGAGCACCCAUGUGUCCCCAGCCUCCCACAGCGCCAUGGGGCAGCACAGCUGAGCCUCUGCAUGCCACAGGCAGCACCCACGGGUCUGCAGCAAGCAGUGUCCCAGCUUGUCAGCACGGUGGAUCUUCAGGGGAUGUGGCUGACUCCCUUCGGGGUCUCUCACAUCCCUGACCUACUCCAACACGGGUUGGAGCCCAGUAGCUCAUGGCUGUGUCUAGGAGACCAUUCCCUGGCAUGGCUCAACCCUUCCCUGCUGGCAACCAACUAUUUAAUGCCAACAGCGAUGGUGUAGGAAGAAGCACUGGUAACAGAAAGCAUCAGAGGGAUGGGAAGGCAAGGUCAGAUACAGGGGAACCCCGCUAUGCAUCUGAUCUUGUCAGCAGCAUUGCCCUGCAUCCCCCAUCUCCUCCUGUACCCCUGGUUCCAAGGGAUGCUCUUCAUUUGCUUGCCAUUCCAGCCCCACACCAACCCUGUUCAAUCUCACUCUCUACCCACCACAUCAAGUGGACAGCCUUGCCUCACUGGGAGCAUUAGUGCUUGUGGAAAGGAGGAGGAGGCAGAGCCCAGAGCCCCCCCAGGUGUCAGCUGCAGGGAUGAGGCAUUCACUGGGCCUGUUGGCAGCCCUAAGGUAGAUAGGUAGAUGGGCACUCAGCCCACAGAUGAGGGAACAGGAAGCCCAGAAACCUUGCCCCAAACAUGCCAGGGUUUGGGAUGCCCAGGUCCCAUGGCAGCCCCAGCAGCUGCUCCUGCCUCUCUAAUCCCUUCCCUGUAGUGCCCUCAGCCUCUCCUUGCCUGGUGUGCCGUGGCUCAGCCAGGGUGUACAAAGACCAGGGGUGCAGUUACAGCGACCUGGUCACUCCCUCACUUCCAUCCCCGAUGCCCUGUGGGCAUCAUCCCAGUCAGCCCCCUUCCCCCAGCCAGGGCACAGUUCCCCUCUCCAGGGUCUCCCCCACUGCAAGACCAGGAGGCGCACCAGUGCCACGACAUCUUCCUCUACCACCCUGGCAUGCCAGGCCAAUGGGGAUAUUUUGGAUGCCAGGUCCGAGAUGUGGCCAGAGCGCCAAUGGGGAUAUUUUGGAUGCCAGGUCCGAGAUGUGGCCAGAGCCAUGGCGAGGAGGCGGCCGUGGGUGCAUGGGUUGCAACUCCCUAUCUGUACUGAGAUACAUUCAUUAAACAGCUGUGUCCAGCUA